AUGAUCACCACCCUGGUUCUACUUUUCGUGUUCCUCGUGGGGGUCCCCGGCAACGCUCUGGUGCUUUGGGUCACUGGAGUGAAGAUGAAACGCAGAGUCAGCACCGUUUGGUUUUGCAACCUUGCUCUGGCCGACAUCAUCUGUUGCUCAUUAGCCCCCCUUGUCAUAAUUAAUCUCUUCGCUUCCGAAUGGCCGUACGGUAGCGCUUUGUGCAAGAUUUUACCCUUCAUCAUCAUUCUCAAUAUGUUCUCCAGCGUCUUCAUCCUGGUGGCCAUCAGCAUUGACCGAUGCAUCCUGGUGGUCUGGCCUGUGUGGGCCCAAAAUCACCGCCGCUUAAGGACAACGUGGAACGUCUGCUUGGUUGUCUGGAUUGUGUCAGUUGCGUUGGGUCUACCUUCUGCCAUCUACCGAAAAACGGAAACGGUCAACAACGUUACUGAGUGUGUCUACAUCGAAGAGUAUAGGGUUCCCAUCACUCUUACUCGAAUGGUUUUUGGAUUUCUGAUUCCUCUCCUCAUCAUUUUGUGCUGUUACAUCCGCCUGGUUUGUAAAGCCCAAAACAUCCAAUUUUCGAAGGCCGCCAGAAAGACCGCCAGAGUGUCCCUUGCCAUCAUCAUGGCGUUCUUCAUCACCUGGACUCCCUUCCAUGUGUUUGGAACCCUUCUUCUGUAUACUCAGGAUAAAGUGGUGGUUGCUCUGUACGAUCCUGCACAGUCCAUGGCCUAUUUCAAUAGUUGCAUCAACCCAAUACUGUAUGCCUUCAUGGGGAAGGAUGUGAAGAGCAAGGUGAGAAGGCCUAUUCGUGACCUCAUUGAAAAUGCCUUCAACCAAAGCUGA